CCCUUUUCCGUCCCUCUGGGACUCGCACGGCAGCUGUCAUCCUCAGCGCUGCAACCACACUCCGAGACGGGCCCUGUGGACACUUUGUGCCUGGCUUAUCAACGCUUCGUCUAGCUCUCUGCAGCACGUCGAGGGACUGCCGACCUCUCCCAGCAUCAGUCUAGGUCCAUGCCCCGGAGUGACUGACGACGGUCCUGUUACGAUUUCUUCGCUCGUUUUAUCACGCCUAUUGCAACGACUCUACUUUCCAUUUAAUCUUCUAAUACCCCUAUUUGAACCAUGUGGGAGAAGCUGGGCCUCGUGGCCCGCGCUGCGAACGACAAUGGGAUCCCCUCCAUUACCGACCCGUGGCCGACCAAGGAUAUCGUCUACGUGGCCAUCGUCGGUACCGUUAUGCUGGCAGCUUUGCUUGAGUGGUUUCUGUGGCUCGCGGCCUUCUUGUACUGCCUUGUCAAAGUCUUCCAAAAAGCCGAAACCGUCAGCGUCAGGAUUCUUGCCGUCAUCAUGAUGAUUCUCUUCUUCGCCUUCCGUGCCAUCUUCCUGCCCAUCAUGGUCGUCACACUUCCGCUGCCUCCGCAAGUCACCCAGUACUUCCCCCAGGACAUGGUCAGCUUCCUGCAAUGGUUCGCAUUCUGGUCGUUCGCCGGUCUUCUGACCAUUCCAUGGUUGCUGUGCGUCUACCAACUCGUGACCCAUUCCGUUGGCCGGAGCAGGAGGAUCAAGACUGUACUGGACGAGGCUUCGGCGCCCAAGGUCGUCAUUGUCAUGCCUUGCUACAAAGAAAUUCCCGAAAUUCUCCUCCGUACCGUCGACUCGCUCGUCGACUGCGAUUAUCCCCCUUCGUGCCUGCACAUCUUCCUUUCCUUCGAUGGUGACCAGGAGGACGAGUUGUACCUGAACACGAUUGAGAAGCUCGGCGUCCCGCUUACCCUGGAUUCCUACCCCAAGUCGAUCGAUGUCACCUACCGCAGCUGCCGUAUCACCGUCUCUCGCUUCCCUCACGGAGGAAAGCGUCAUUGCCAGAAGAGGACCUACAAGCUCAUCGACAAGAUCUACACCGAGUAUCUCAAGCGCAACGACAACCUGUUCGUUCUCUUCAUCGAUUCCGACUGUAUCCUCGACAAGGUUUGCAUUCAGAACUUUGUGUACGAGAUGGAGCUCAAGCCCGGAAGCAAGAAGAACAUGUUGGCCAUGACCGGUGUCAUCACCUCGACAACGGAAAAGAACUCGCUCAUCACGCUUCUGCAGGACAUGGAGUAUAUUCAUGGUCAGCUCUUCGAACGUUCCGUUGAAUCCGGCUGUGGUGCCGUCACUUGUCUUCCCGGUGCUCUCACGAUCUUGCGCUUUUCGGCCUUCCGGCGCAUGGCCAAGUACUACUUUGCAGACAAGGCCGAGCAGUGUGAGGAUCUCUUCGACUACGGAAAGUGCCAUUUGGGUGAAGAUCGCUGGCUCACCCACUUGUUCAUGAUUGGCGCCCAGGAGCGGUAUCAAAUCCAGAUGAAUACGGGAGCAUUCUGCAAGACCGAAGCCGUGCAGACCUACCGGUCUCUGCUCAAGCAGCGUCGCCGGUGGUUCCUGGGUUUCAUCACCAACGAAGUCUGCAUGUUGACAGAUAUCCGUCUAUGGAAGCGAUACACUCUGCUCUGUCUUGUGCGUUUCAUGCAGAACACGAUCCGCACCACCGCCCUGCUCUUCUUCAUCAUGGUCAUUUCGCUCAUCACCACCUCCCAGAAGGUCUCCAACCUCCCUGUCGGAUUCAUCGCCAUCUCGCUCGGCCUGAACUGGGUUCUUAUGCUCUACUUUGGUGCCAAGCUGGGCCGCUAUAAGAUCAUGCUCUACCCCAUCAUGUUCGUCAUCAACCCCUUUUUCAACUGGAUGUACAUGGUCUACGGCAUCUUCACCGCCGGACAGCGUACUUGGGGAGGCCCUCGUGCCGAUGCCGGUGCCGCUGAUGCGCAGACGACCCCCCGAGAGGCUAUCGAGAAAGCCGAAGCUACUGGCGAUGAUCUCAAUGUCGUUCCGGAAACGUUCAAGCCCGCCGCAGAGAGCCACAAGCACCGUCCCGCGCCAGUUCCCCUGCAACCUGCCGACAAUCUGGAAGGUCGUUUCGCGCCUGCCGAGAGGCUGCCAGGUGGCUGGUACCAGCAACCCAACGACUCUGGCCUCACGCUUCCGAACACAUUGCCGCGCAACCCCAACGUUCCCAAUGUUCCUCUGCACCCCCGCUCGUCCAUGGAUUCCUUCGUCUCCGGCGUCUCCGUCAACAACUCCAUCUACAUGCCUCGCCGCGUCGAGAGCUUCAUGGACCCCGAAGAUGCCCGCCUAUACCACAAGACACAAGCAAACCAAAAACCCGCAGGUGGCGCAUAUUUCGAGGCGGACCGCGCCCACAACUCCCCCUACCAUGGCAAGACGGGUGGUCACGAGUCAACCGAAUCGCUCUCCGAUGAUUCCUUUUACUACUCCAAGAACCAGCAGAACCGUCCUCCUCACUCGCGCGGUAACAGCAAUCAAAGCAACCUGGAUCCCUACUCUCCAAACGGUAGCUCGCCACUCUCCGCGGAGUUCGGCGCGCCCAACCUCGAAGUGCCCAAGCGUACCCAUAGUCCGCUAGGCCAGCGCGACUCGUCCGGCUCCUACAGCUCGACACAGCAACAGCGGCAAGGCCGCAGCCCCCUCGCUCGCCAGAGCUUCGUCCGCACAGCCCCAGGCGACAACCAGGGCAUCGAGCUCCAGCAGCACAGCUUGCUUCGCGACGUAUCACCCGCGCCGCUUGGCUCGCCUGGUUUGGAAAGGCCCCCACCGCCGCACACCGGCCACGAGCGGAGCGCAUCCCGCGACUCGGAAAAGAAGAGGAGAAAUAGACUGACGAAGGAGCCUCCGAAGAAAUAGGUUCGCACUGUGACUGCGUAGCCAUCUUGGACACGCGGAGAUGAGCUUUCCUUUCUUCAGCAAUGCACGAAA